GACUGUGAUAUUGUUAUCAUGGACCGCAGAGCAAUUGUGUUAUAUACUUGACAGUUCACUGAUACGGAGGGGAUCUACUAAGGGACAAACUACUCUCUCGAGAAAUAAAAGCUCCAAUUUAGGUUGGCGUUCCGUUUGGCUAUUUGGAAAGAUACCCUCAUUAUGCGAAAAAGCAAACCGUUUGAUAAUAGGCUACUACUUUUUUAUAUGUUGCUUAUUGGACACGUAGCCUACUUCACAGCUUUAUUGGUGAUCGGUCAAAAGGGAAAACCUCGGUCUAAUCACAACAGGAAACAUUUUUUUUUUAUCAGGGACGGUGUCAAUUCCAAUGAUUGUGGGAAAUUGUGUCAAUGAAAACCCCUCCCUCAGUGUUCACUGUUCAGUGCGCACCCGAACAUUUAAAUAGCUACGAGCCGCUCUCGCUCUGUCAGUAGAAGGACUAGGGUCUUGGAGUUACUUCAAACGAAUCGAACGGAGAAGGCGUCGCAUUCAGUAAAACAGUCAAGUGCAGCGAUGAGGGGACUCUCAUCACACCUGGCCCUGCUGUGGCUGGCCCUCCUGCUGCUGCAGGGUCACCUGGGCCUGGCCAAGCGUGGAGGAGGAGGGGGGUUCAAGUCCAGCCUCGGCUUUGGGAAGAAGCCCUCUUCAUCCAGCAGGCCAAGCUCGGGAGGAUCGUCGUCACGUAAACCAGGGCAGGGCACGCACUCCCAGGCAGGUAACUACCCCCGGCAACCACAGAAUCCCAAUCGAAACCCUGCGGGGGGAUACCCGGCAGGGGGAGGGUACCCGCCCGCCGGGGGAUACCCCAACCAAUAUCCAGGUCAAGGGGGUGUAAAGCCGGGGGGAUAUCCUAACCAAAACCCUGCAGGAGGCUACCCAGCUGGUGGAGGUUACCCAGCGGGUGGAAGUUACCCAGCGGGUGGACGUUAUCCGGCUGCAGGAGGUCAACCAGCUGCAGGGGGUUACCCAGCGGGUGGAGGUUACCCAGCGGGCGGAAGUUACCCAGCGGGUGGACGUUAUCCGGCCGCAGGAGGUCAACCAGCUGCAGGGGGUUACCCAGCUGGUGGAGGUUACCCAGCGGGCGGAAGUUACCCAGCGGGUGGACGUUAUCCGGCCGCAGGAGGUCAACCAGCUGCAGGGGGUUACCCAGCGGGUGGAGGUUACCCAGCGGGCGGAAGUUACCCAGCGGGUGGACGUUAUCCGGCCGCAGGAGGUCAACCAGCGGGUGGAGGUUACCCAGCUGGUGGAGGUUACCCAGCUGGUGGACGUAAUCCGGCUGCAGGUUACCCAGCGGCAGGUGGCUACCCAGUCAGAGGAGGUAACUACCCAAAUCAGCAUGGGGGUGGAGCAUAUCCUGGGGGUUACCCAAACAGAGGCGGGGCAGGAUGGGGACAGCAGGGGGGCUAUCCCGGAGGGGGAGGAGGAUACCCUAACUGGAACCCUAACAACAACAUCCUGAGCCCACGUUACGGGGGAGGGUACGGGUAUGGGGGCGGAGGGUACGGCAGGGGAGGUUCUCCCUUCUCACGUUCCGUGCAGGGCAUGGGCUACGGCCCCUCUGUGAAGUCCAAGGGCUUCGGAAAGCAGGCGGCCAUGGCGGCGGGCAUAGGGGCGGUGGCAGGCAUGGCGGUGGGCUAUGGCCUCGGCCGCUUCCCCCGCCCACACUUCAACUUCCACAACCCCCAGGAGGAGCAAUACUACAACCAGUACAUGUACCGCCGCUACGGCACGCGCUCCACCGACAAAAACGACUACGGCCGCGACUACCAAUUCAAGCAGCCUCCGCAGUCCUACGACAAGUACAUGGACACCUGCAUGAAGAGGACCGACCUGCUGGGAAGCCAGAGCGCGCCGGCCCAUUCAAACAUACAGGGGGACGAAGGAAGAGCACUGGCCCAUUCAAACAUACAGGGGGACGAAGAGAAAGCACCGGCCCAUUCAAACAUACAGGGGGAUGAAGGGGGAGCACUGGCCCAUUCAAACAUACAGGGGGACGAAGGGAUAGCGGCGGAGACAGAUGGCCCCCAGGGUGAUGAUCUGAAUGCGGGCGAGGGCGUUGGCAGCCUCACCACCCCAGAGCUUGCGGCGGCUAACGGUACGGCUAAUGGCACAGCUAACAGCACGGCUAGCGACAGCGUCACGGUGGGCAGCCAGCUCAGCCCUACCACGGCGCCGCCCGUGCUCACAGCUACCGGCGAGAAGAAGGACGGCAGCGACGGUGGCACUGACGGUGGAAACGAUGACGACACGGUAGGCAUCAUGGAGAUCGGGUACCCGGAGCUGAUCGAGCAGCUCAAGGCCCGACGCUGUGUGGAACUCUACAUGGUCUACUCUGAGGCCUACCUGGAAAAACAGACCAGCGAGCGCACCCGUGCCACUGGGAGCGGGGAGAUCCAGCGCCCCCUCUGUCAGGGCCUGGUACUGCUCCUCACCACCACCCUCAUGGUCCUGAGCAGCACGCUCUUGCUGCAGUAAGAUACGGGCGUGGGUACUGCAGGGGUGAGUGCGAAUGGGACGCAGCUGUGCAGGCACUUGUACGGACACCUAGGUAAGGGACUCCCUCAACCCUACGAAAGUCACGUGGCUCAGGACACUACGUUUUAUUUUUAUUCAGGUUUUUUUUUUUUUUUUUUAGUGUCUAGCUGUCCCACCCAGAAGUGUCAUGUUUUAACAAUAUUAACUUGUCUGCUACUGAUUCACCGUAGCACUCUGUGACCAGCUCAUCCAAAGCACUGAACCUAACAGCACUCGGUAAGGCACGUUACUUUCAUGCAUGUGCAUGACUAUUAUGCUGUACUUAUUAUUUCAGGAAGUACAGGCCAGACCUGAUUCUGAAAUUAAUUUGUAUAGAUCUUUUUCUUCCUGGAGUUGACUAAUGAUAUUUGGAAGAUUUUCUCUUUUUCAUUUGUUGGCAAGUUUUUCAAAGCUCAUGCAACUACAGAAAACAACUUGUGAUUCACAUAAAAAGUGAGCAUCAUACAAAAGUAGGUCACACUUUUCAAUAAUAAAAAUUGGAAAUGCACAUCUCACUCAAUUUAUUAAUUUGCAGGCAACUUAAGACCCAUGCACCUCAGAAAUGCUCAAUACAGUGGAGAAAGCACUUUAACUCAGAGAUUUAAAGCUGUCACAAAGUUCAACACGUUUGCCAAAUUUGGAGCUUCUAUGACCAACACGCAGGGAGAAAUGGAUUGUCACCACGUUCGCGAAUAUUAGCAGUGGGCAAUAUGGCUAUCACAUGACCCGACACGUUUUGUGCCACAUAUCUGAAGUAGGUAACAAUUUCAACCUCUUUGCCAAGUUCUAAAAUGACAUAAUCACCAGAUCAGGAGUAAUUAUAUCAAACCGAAAAAAAAAAAACAGGUUCACCUGAUGUUUGGUGUGAUGUAUACAAAGGGAAUCCGGUUUUAGAACUCUUUGCAGUGUUUGAAAGUUGUGCGUGUGCAAGAUCAAGCAAAAUAAACUAACAUUGUUGUUUUUUUUUAAAUGGAGAAUGCACCAUGCCCAAUGUGACUGAAAAAUCUCUACAGCAACAAAUUUAUGUACAAGACCUUGAUGCCAAUGGCAAGUAGAAGCAGCAUAAGUUGUCGUCAUUAGACAGAAUAGACGUUGCUUUUAAUUUGAAGUGAAUUACAACUGAGUGAAUUUUCUAGAAUCCACUGCCAGUUCCUGUUUGUGGAAGUGGAGAGUCUGAGAUAUCAUUGGUCUUAGAUAUCCAUGCCAUACUCUCAUCAUAGGACUUAGAGAUUAAAUGCCACUUCAGCAGCUUAUUUCUGACGGUUAAUAAUAGAUCCAUGGAGGGAAGGUAUUUUUUUCCUGAGCUGCAACCUUACCUUGGAUCUGCUAUGGUAUGCGUGUGCUGUGUAUACUGUAUGUCGUAUGAGCUGUCAGUAAGGGAAGAAAAUAUUUUGUGUUGUGUCGUUUUUACUGAAAGACGAAGCUUUAUUGUACUACUGAUAUGGACAGGUGGGAAUAUCUGCAUUGCAUGUUGAUAAUGUGACUGAGGUUGUGUAGCUGAGGUUAAAUGUUCUGUCUGUUGGCACACAACAAAACCACAUUGUUACACUGAGAUGCUGAUCAUACUGUACAGAAAAAAAACAUUUAGUGGACAAAUGGAUGAAAGAGCAAUCCCUAGCUAACCGCUAUAACCUAUAUAUUAUGCUUAAACCUGUAUGUAUAGAGAAAUAUACUGGAAUAUAUAGUGGCACUGUAUACAUGCGUACAAAUACUCAUUAUGCAAGUUUUUACAUCACUGCAAAUGGAAAAAAAUACAUUAAUGCCUGAAUCGCACUGCAUAUAUUUUAUGCCUUUUUAUUUUCAUUAGUCUAAGUAAGACCUUAUCAACCCUCUUUCAAGAAGCUAAACUUAAGGCCAGCUGGCUACCUUUGAAUCUGGAAAUUAUUAUCCUGGAGAAACAAAAUGAAGUCUCCUCUGUGUGUAACAUUUAUUCUUGGGAAUGAAAGUGGAGAAGAUGCACUCCAGGUAAAUUUGUAAGCCGCAAUCUAGUAUCCAAAUAUUCUGACCACACUUUUUUUUUUUUUACCAGCUUUGUCUAAAACUCCAUUACUUUGUGUGCAUAAGACUGACUGCAGUGAGACUGCCAUUCAUUCAUAGUUUUUGGAUUAUAGCAGCUACUGGGCUGUUAUUUUCUGAAGGAAUUUUAUAUUCUUUAAUGUUGAUGACAAAAACUGGAUUUUUAUUAAUUUUUGUUGAAGUUAUCGAUUAGCAAUCUCACAAUUCCAAAUUUGCAAAUGUUCAGAUGUUGAGUGAAAGUUCCAUCAUCUCCAUGGUUACAGCACACCAAGGUAGGUUAUCGGAGGCACUUAGAAUAGUCCUCCACCAUAUCAGCGUUCCACAUUCCUCCACCGCCCGUGAGUUAGUGCCGUCACGUUAAGAGGACAGGGCAUUUCACGGCAAGUCUGAACCUAAAUGUGGUGGCUCACGAUCAGUACAACAGUUUACACUUUUUUAAUGAACCGGUUACAGUUGCAAAAGCUUUCAUAUUAGAAGAAACCGCAGGAAUAUUUUCAAUUUCUAAAGUGUUGUUUCGUAGUGCAUUUGGUUAUAAUUUCAUCAUUUUAACGGAUUUCCAUUUUGUUAUUUACUCACCACUUAAUGGAUUCCAAUGUACACUGUAGACUGCAUUAACACUCUUGAAGUUGCAUGUGCUGAUGCACGCACCCACAGGAAACAGGAUAAUGAUAUUAUUUCUUAAACCCUUUCAACGUUAUUUUCCUCUCUUGCCUCGCUCUCUCUAUUCCAGGGUGUAGAUUGCAAGUAGAUUGCAAGUGCUCUUACUUUUUGAGACUUUCCUCUGGUUCAUGUUUAUUGAUAAAUGGGUAUUGUGAUGCCCAAGGCCUUUUUUCCUACAUUGGGCUUACGAGUUAUAUACCGUAGCUAAGUGUAUAUAAAGUGUGUAUUUGCAGUGUUUUUUGCAGAAAAUGUCAGUCACUGAUACAAGGCAGGCAAGGAGACGCUCAUAAAUUAUUUGACUAGCAUUUCCAACUCCUUUUUAUACAAAAGGGGGGGAGGGGGGUCUUCCAACCUCUGCUUGUGUAUUGAUAAAAAUGUAGAGUAACAUGAUACAGGCCAUUGUAUCAUCAGCUUGUCUAAAUUGCUUUAACAGCUGAUUAUUCGCAUGUACUCAAAAUAGUGCUUAUGUGGUAAAGUGUCUGUCAGGCGUUCCCAGCAGCAUAUUUUGCGCUGGGAACGAGUUUGUCGACGGCACCUCUAAUUUAUUGUCAUUGCGAUCAGCGCAGUUCACCGAUAAAUGAAAGCCACGAAUGUGUGGUUAAUAUUGCACUACUGGAUGUUAAUGCCUGCUGCAUUUUGUAGCCUAACGGGGAACUAAUGCAGUUCAAAUGAUUGUUCCAGAAAAGGCUUAAUUUUGUCAUGAAAAAUAUACAGUAAUUUAAAGUUGAGGUAAGGUUAAGGUUUUGAAUAACGUAGUGGAAUCUAAUUUAGAAAUUUGAUAAUAUUUGUGAUUAUGUACAGAUGACUUUGAAAGCAGAAAUGUUAAAUAUGUAUGUCAUGAGUGCAGAACUCAUGUAAGUUGAAGUUGAACUGAAAUGUAGUCUUCUGUACACCCAAAGCAACUUAAAAAAAUUAACUACUGAAGUUGUAUUCCAGUGAACUAAGACUAACUGUCUUGCUUCUUAGUGCAUCAAGAGUAGUUGCAUUUUGGUAGCCCUACAGGCGGUGAACUUAACUAUAGCUUAUUUUGGCCUAACACUGGAGUUGCUAGGGGAUGUGGCAUCACACUUUACCCGUGUAUUUGUCUAACUGAAAGCCAGAAAACCGUGGCUGAACUGCUAACCGUGUUGUUGAAAUGUAAACGCGAUCAUCUUUAUGAAAAUUAACGAUGUACGAUAAAUUGUAUGUUCUUUCACUUGCACCUUAAUUUUCAUUCAAGUAGAAUGUGUAUAUGUACAUACUGAACGUGUAUUCUACACACCGUAGGCCCUGAGUGUGUGUUUGCAAUUUACCCCGACUGCUCAGUCUGUGACUCUGUAAACUGCUCUCCUGUCUGUGAACACAAAUAAAUAUGUUAUGGAUUUUAGAGCAAUAA